GGUUUUUGAAUUGUGAUCCGUCCUUACAUUUAGUACCUUGUUAAAUUAUGACGUAUUUAAUAAAUAUAUUAAUGCCGGUUUUUAUAGUGACAUGAUUUGGUGAAAUUAAGACUUACAAUGUGGAGUGCAAGGCGGGGGCGUAGCGAGCGGAGAGCCGCCAUGAACGGCCCCGUGGAGGUGGUGGUGCUGAGCGACGCCUCGGGCCAGCUGGGCAGUGCAUCCGUGCUGGACCCGCAAACGGGCAACACGCUCAUCACGUACCGGGGCGGCGGGCCGGUCCCCGCCAGGGCGCUGGGCCUGCUGGGGGGCGACCACGUGCUGUGCGCGGACGAGAAGAGACCGCUGCUGCAUGCGUGGGCGCUGCACAGCCAGGAGCCGGUGCACCGGGGCGUGCGGCUGGUGACGCCGGGGCGCGUCGCCGCGCUGGCGGCCUCGCCGGACGGCACCCACGUGGUGGCGGCUGUGGCGGAGAAGCUGCACGUCUGGCAGGUGGCGUCCGGCUGCAUGGUGGGCGUGGCGGAAGGCCACGCGGGCGCCGUGACGGCGGUGCGGUUCCUGGACGACGGCUCGCACUUUGUGUCGGCCGGCGAGGACUGCGCGGUGGCCGUGUGGUCGCUGGCGCAGCUGGCGAGCGUCGGCCGGGCGGCGGUGCACGAGCCGGGGAGGCGGACGCCGCCCCGCCACGUGUUCCGGGACCACAGCCUGCCCGUGUCGGACCUGCAUGUGGGCGCUGGCGGCGCGCGGGCCCGGGUCUUCACCGCCUCGGCCGACCGCACCUGCAAGGUGUACGAUCUUUCGUCCGGCACCCUGCUGCUGACCGUGGUCUUCGACCGGUGCCUGACCGCCGUCGCGGCGGACGCCCUGGAGGGCGAGGCCUUCGUGGGGACUGCCGCCGGGGACAUCUUCCAGUUCAGCCUCCGCGACCCGCCCAGGGGACGCGAGCAGCUGGUCCACCGUGACGAGGCCAAGAUGUUCGUGGGCCACACUGGCGCGGUGACCUGCCUGUCCGUCUCCCUCGACGGCGCGACGCUGCUCUCGGGGUCCAGUGACCGCAGCGUGGUCCUGUGGGACGUGCCGAGCCGGCAGGCCGUGAGGACGCUGCCGUGCAAGGGCGCCGUCAGCAACGCCUUCUUCCACCUGGCCCCCCGGCGGCUGUUCUCUGAGCCGUCUGGGCCGCGAGUUACCCUGCACAGUCUCCAGCGGAGCACGCUCGCCAACGCGAGGGAGCUGGUGGUGGACGUGGUGACCACAGAGGAGACCGGCCUUGAACCGGAGGACCCGUCCGCGUCCUUGGAGGACGCGAGCAGUGAGCUGGAGCACGUCCGGACGAUCGCGGAGCUCAAGAAGAUCAACGCGCUCCUGUACAAGUUCGCGGCCGAGAAGCUACUGCAGCCGUUCACGGACGCGGUUGGGCAGACGGACGAGACGGCAGCAGACGACCCCUCGUCAGUUCAGAACAAGAAGAGGAAGAAGAGAAUCAAGAAGAAGAAAGCCAAGAAUAAAUAUAAGAUACUGUGAUGCAUUCUAUCCACGGAUAAAAAAAUUCCAAGACAUUAAACUAAUGUAAAUGAAGGUUUUUUUUAAAUUUGUUCAUGACUUUUUUUUUUUGCUGAUUCUAUUGUAUGUUCGCUCUGGAAAGUACAGUAAAUACAUCACUGAUGGUUUUUGUCAUUCCUAGCCUUGUUUUUUUCCCCCCUAAACGUGGUGUUUUUGUCUAUGUAAACUGUUAUUAAAAUGCGUCAGUGGAUGAUGCAGGUUUAAUCUUGGUUUCGCUGAAUAGGUACACUCUCAAUAGAAGGUCUUUGGGUUGAUCGCUCAAUUUUGUUUACAGGAAAUAAAUUUUUUGAGCUACAAAAUUAUUAUUAUUCUCUUCAUCUCAUAGGGUAAAUCUACUUGCGAAGGACUAUAUGCAAGAUUUUAUGGGUUAAUUUUCUAAAACAAGAGAUUUUGGUGUUACUUUUUUUUAGUUUUGUAUGAUAUCUGUUCAGUAAAAAAAGUAGCAUAUUACUGAACAAAUGUGACACUUAAAUGUUCCGUGGUUCUAAUU